CGUAUUAGUCAUCUGAGUUGGUCUGAGGUUGGGCGUGCUAGUCAACGAGUGGGAAUACAAUGGCGUCCGCAAAGAACACAUCCACAAGCGCUGGACCAUCUGCCCCCGGGGAGGGACGACCUGUACAGCAAUCUACUCCUCAGUAUAUGCACGCAAAGGGAGCACGAUGGUUUUUGGACUUCGUUGUUCAGGGGGACCUUUUUGGGCCAGCUGUUUUCAUGCGACCCACUUGCGUUACAGAUGCUGGGGGAGCGGUCAACGUUGUUCCUCUCGGUACCGUGGUCUCGUGCACGAAGACUCCUGAAGGUUUGCUCAAGCUGCACACUAACGGCAUGUACGACAAGUGCAGACUGCCUAUCAGAGGUGUUAAAGGUGUGGUGGUAACCAUCAAGAGUUUCGCGGGGUACGACUCGAACAUGCCGUUGUGCUCUCACUUCAAAGGCCUUUACGAUGGCGGCAACAAGCGUCUUCCAUCGCCAGAGCAAUAUCUCGAUCUCGCGCUGAUGGUGCCGAGAGAAAGUCCAAUUCUUCCGCCAGAGCAUGUUUUCUGGCUUCUGCCACCCCGUGAGGGGUCGUCCGGCUUGGCUCAAGAAACUCCAGACUCCUUCGGAGAAGAAGAGCGAGCGACAGAGGAUGGUGCGAGAGGAGGUGGUGGAAGGAACCCUCCGCAUGAAGAGGAUGAGAGGAAAAUCGGAGGUGGUGAUGGGAGGGGAUGGAGGUGGCGACGGAGAACGUGCCUCGGAAAGAGGCCGACGAAGGAAGAGGGUGGGACGGCAAGUAAGAAAGCGAGGAGGCUCGACGGUUUGACCAUCCACGAAGGACAAGCCGCGGGUGGAGGAGAUUCGGCUGAUCCAGGCGCUGCGGCCGCGAGAGAACCUUCGGGGAAAUCGAAACAGAAAGUGGCAGCUGAAGAAGGCGAUGGCGAGAAGAAAACUCGAAGGCGGAAGACUGCUGAGGCGAUGAGCGGUGGCGAAGGGCCUGUCGGUAAGGAGUACGACGAAGCGGCAGCGUUCUGGCUCGAAUACGAGCGGAACGAUGUCGGUGAAAUCGUGGAGAAGGAGCUCCCCGUCCAACUGCUCAUCGACCCCAGGAAGGUCUGCGAGAUCCCGGCUUGGGAAAGAUAUUACAACCACCGCAGUCUAAGUCGCGAAACUGUGGACGAUAUCAAGGGUACGAUGCUGAGUCAAUUCCGCGAGAAAAAGGGGAAGAUCUGGACGAAAAACCCUCUGGUUUUGGCACCCAUCUACAAGCCGGUGACGCGUAGGCCAGAGAAAGAUGACAGGAUUCACAAAGAUGUCUUCAAGCCAGAGGACAAGGACAAGUACUACUAUUACCCUGUUAACGAACAACACACCGUGGCUGCUGUAAAGGAGUUGGAGGGUGAGCCAAUAUUCAAUUUGUGGAAGAUGCACUCGUGGCCGGCGAGAGUAGUGUGGUUCUCCGACCGAGAUUUCGCGGGGUAUAGGCAGUGGAUGCCGCUCGUGACGGUCGGUGACGACGUUUUCCGCAAAGUCAUGGAAUUCUACGCGAAAUGGGCGGAGGGGAAGUUGCUGGGCGGCGACGGCAAGACGCCAUUGUCGAGGCUGGGCAAAUACAUGCCAGACAAAUCUCCGGGUCUGCAAGAAAUUCCGGAAAUGGGCUCGAAAGGGGCGGCUGGUGAAACGAAGAUGGGGUGGCUGGUCCGGGUCCCGCCGCCUCCGACCAAAAAGAAAACGCAAGCGGACGACAAGUUUUUCGUGUUCGUGAAGGAGCCAGACAUGUUGUGUUGGCAGUGUCUCGCCGACAUAACCGAUGCCGAGAAACUGUCAAUCCUUGAUGACAUUCUCGCGCUAAGGGGAGUGUUCGUGCAAUCCGCGGGCGGCCAUUUGAAGCGUCAGCACAAACCAGGAAUUAAAGACAUGGUCGCGACGAGGAAAGUGGACCGUGUGAUGCUCCGUACGUUCCACUACAUUUUUUUCCUUGAAACGGAGGAGGACGAACGUGUUUGGCGCCACGGGAGCCCUUUUUUUGGGACCGAGGGGAAGCUUUUGGAGGAGUACGGGCCGCAGGGCCUCACGAAACAGGUGUGGGUCGAAAUGCGAAAGCAUUUCCAGGGUGCGGUGGAGUACGUGAACACUUGCAAACGUACUCGUCCUCACGAGAAGGAGUUCCUCGACAACGCGAAGAAAUUGUACGAUGAUGACAGUUUCUUGAAAGGCAUGGCCAGGCUUAGCGUCCAUCACGUCAAGAYAGGGAAGUGGGUACGUAAUGCACAAAAGCAGGCCACUGUCCGGGAAGGCAAUAUGCUGGUUGAGGAGUGUGACCGCCUGUACGUGAUUUUUAAUGGCGAGAAGCUGAAAGACAACACAUUCGCAGUCUACCCGGCCAGUAGCCCGACAAAGGCUUCCCGUGCUCAUGGUCCAAGUCCGGCCAAACACACGGUGGCGGGUCGCUCGAAAGCUGUCUGUUCGUCGGACCCAUCAGGACAGGUUGUGGCGUGUUUCGACGUGGCGGAAGAGGAAAGGUGCUCUCGUAGCAUGUGGGAGGACGGCGGCGUGACAAGUUCUCAAGGACCUGCUUAUGGGGAGAUGGAGCGGAACCCGUCCCAUCUACUUGGUCUACUUGAAAACUUUUGCAAAGCUGGUCAAACUGUUUUUUUCUUUGGGAAGGCGCAUGCGUCUGUCGUGUCGGAACUCCUGCGCACCGGUCGGAACGUCGUCGCGUUGGAGAAGGGGGCGAAGAUGAUCGAUCACCUUCACGAGUUCGUGAAGGCACUCGUUGCAGACACUCGCAAUGCUUGCGGGUUUGUCCAGACCACCGGCGAACGAAACUGGGAUCCCAAACGUGACAUGUAUUGGAAAUUGUCGGGGAACAAAAGGACGGACGUUUGGGACUUCCUUUUCGGACCCGGACCGCCUAGUCUGACCGACCUGGAAUACAGUCGACGGAGAAACCUGGUGUUUGCUGUGCUCAAUGGGUACCACGGUGCACCCAGGGAGUCUGUCUCACACUUCCUGAGAAGACUGGAGCAUGUUUACUUCACGCUGGCUGAACCGCUCACUCUCGAAAACUACAAGUCACAGUUUGACGAGGAGGACCCUUUCGACGCUGACGACAUGGAGGAGCUGAGCGACUCCGAAACCUUCGAUUUUGAACUCUACUUCUGCGGCAAGCAUCACCGGUUCACGUUGGAGGAUAUCUGGGGACACAACGUUGUCUGGCACCCGAGGAUAUUCCAACCUGCUGUGAGGAAUGGAAUAUGGGUCAUGGCAAUAAAGGAGGCCGAUGGCAAGUGGAGUAGACUGAAGAAACUGGGAGCGGGUGCAUUUAAGAGAAAGGCAAGAACUGCUCUGGUGGAGCAUUUGAGUCUCAUGAACCCUGAGAGGAACGAUCAGGACGUCGAUGCGUAUGCAGAACAAAAGCUACAUGAGUUGUACGCCAACAACAUGUUGGAGUUUCGAGCGCCUUUCUACGCACUCGAAACGGCACCGUCUCGUGGCAUUGACUGGCGCAUGUCGCAACCUCCGCCGGCUGGUCAGCAUCCGGGAGGGGGUGGUGGAAGAGACGAAGGAGACGGCGGAGGUGGCGGAGGAGAUGGCUCACAGUUUGCCGGAAAGGGGACGGGCGAGACAUCGUCGGUUGAGAAGGCGUCCGACAGAAAGGGGUCGGGCCGAAAGGGGUCGGGCGGGAAGGGAUCGGGCGCGAAGGGGUUGGGCGGAAAGCGUAGAACGUCCGGGAGUCCCCAGUAUAUGGAAACUGACCCCCACUGUGUAGGGAGUCGAGAUUCCGACAUGCGAGACGAGGCCACCCUGACGUCUGAUCAAGUGCGAGUAGAUUCGCACUUGUCUGCGAGGAGUUUGUUUCCCGUUGCCCAGGAGAGUCCAUCCCGCCGUGCGCAGCAGAGGUCUCCUGUGCUCAACACCUUGCUCCUGAAAGAGGGCGCGUCUUCGUUUUGCCUGGAGGGCGGGAUGCCUGCAUUGCAAAGGAGCGAAGACUGGCGGUCUCGCGACGUGCUGGAGGGGCCCGCUCCAGGAGUGUUGGAGACCGAUGGUAGCGAGAACGAACGUCACACUCCUGGGGAAGACGAGCGCUCUCCGGGAACGCGUGCUGUACAUCGAGAAGAGGAGACUCAACGCUGGCAGUCUCGCAAAGUGUUGGAGACCGGGGGUAGCAAGUGUGAACGUCAUGCUUCAGAGGGUGCGUCUGUGAACACUGACAGCGAGAGUGCAGGAGCUCCGGGGGAAACGCAUGCUGUACAGCGGGGAAAGGAGACUCGACACGGGCCGGCUCGUGAAGACAUGAAGUGGCUUCAUGCACGAGCGCUGGUGAUCGGGACGUCCGAAGAGGUUCUGCACAGUCGCUCGGCUGUGGCCACGAUGCGAGAGGGUGUCGUUAAGGGAGGCGGAGAACCCGAAGUGGAACGCGGUGAGGUGACUGUCGACAUCCGGACGGAUCCACAACGGAAAGAUGGUGAUUCUUCGCCCACCCGUUGCGGUGAAGAACAGGGUGGUCGAGCGUCUGUCCUGAGCACCGCUCGGGGAAUGGUGCUUCAUGAAGCCAUACAGUUGGGUGACGACUCGGCAGCCACCGAGCUGGUUAGCGACUCAGGCGUGGCCGAGAUGCAGAACGUCGAAUCCUCCGUGGAAGGCGGUGAGGUGGCCGUCAGCAUCAAGAUGGAUCCAGAGCGGAAAGAUCAUGAUUCUCCGUCCACCCGUUGCGAUGCCGAACAGGGUGAUCGAGCAUCUGUCCUCAGCACCGGUCGGGAAAUGGUGCUUCAUGAAACCAUCGAAUUGCCAAGCGACUCAGCUGCCACCGAGCUGGUUAGCGACACAGCCGUGGCCAAAUGCAGAACCUCGAAUCGUCCGUGGACGUUGCCGCAGUGGUGCGACAAGAGGGCGAGUUCCCUCAAAGGGCUCCUGAGCACGGAGGAAGGUCUGCGGAAACAUUUGGUUGCGUCUAUUGAGAGCGUUACUGCUUUGUCUGAUGGGUCUGAUGACGAUGGCGAACGGGGUGUCUUGAAAGACCCGUGUCCUAAGUACAUCGAGAAGGACACAUUCAACAGUCGGGGAUACAACUUUUCUGGGACAAUGGCAGACAGUUCUUAGCCAUUCCGCCCCGGGGUUUGUGCUCACUCCUCACACUUGUUCGUGGGUGUUUGUGCAGCCGGGGCUACAUCAUGUUUUCG